AAACAUACAAUAUGUGUGUUUAAUAUAAUAAGCUUUACGUGAAUGCUGCCUUUCGGUUCUUUUUGGUACUUUCGCUUUAUAAUUUCUGCCAAUAAAGGCGAUGUGGAAAGUGCCAAAGUGAGCGCAGCUUCCUGGAGACGCGCAGUGCGGGACUGCAGAGGACUGUUGGGUCUCUGACCACCUGAAGACCCGCAGGACAGAGCUGCUCCGUGGGCUGUGGAGGCUGCAGGAAUGGCGUUGCUUUCACUCGGAGGACGUUUGUUUAAACGUGGAGCCGACAUCCGGAGCGCACUCACCGCGUCUCAGCCGUUCUGCUCUUCGAUGGCCUCCGGCAGGCAGCGUGUCAAUGGUGUGGACCUGUACUACGAGCAGACCGGCAGAGGGAACCACGCUGUGCUGCUGUUUCCUGGUGCUCUGGGAAGCACUCGGACUGAUUUUGGACCUCAGCUGAAGUCUCUGAAUAAGGAACGCUUCACUGUAGUCGGCUGGGACCCCCGAGGUUACGGACAGUCUCGCCCCCCAGACAGAGACUUCCCCCUUGACUUCUUUGAGAGGGAUGCAAAGGACGCAGUGGAUCUGAUGAAGGCUUUGGGCUUUGGCAAGUUCUCUCUGCUGGGGUGGAGUGACGGAGGAAUCACAGCUCUGAUUGCAGCAGCGAAGAACCCCGACGUGAUCAACAAGAUGGUUGUAUGGGGAUCCAAUGCCUUCGUCUCCCAGCACGACCUCGAGCUUUACGAUGCGGUCCGUGAUGUCUCCAAGUGGAGUGCGAGGAUGAGGCAGCCCAUGGAGGAGGUGUAUGGAGCAGAAGUGUUUGCUAAAACCUGGGAGGCCUGGGUGGACGGGAUCGCACAGUUUGCAAAGAGACCAGAAGGGAGUAUCUGCAUGGAACUUCUGCCCUUAAUCAGCUGUCCAACCUUCAUCAUCCAUGGAGAAAAAGACCCCAUGGUGCCCAGCUUACACCCACAGUACCUCCUCAAAAACAUCACAGGAUCACGAUUACAUGUGAUGCCGGAGGGUAAACACAAUCUCCACCUGAGGUAUGCUGAUGAAUUCAACAAACUGGUGGAAGAUUUUCUGGAAGACUGAGCGAAUAACAGUAAAAAAUAACAGUAAAAAUACACUAAGAGACUUAUUUUUGUUGAUUAUUUUUAUUAUUCUCUUUUCAUUAUGUUCAAUUGUUACAUACUGUACUUACAUAAAAAAAAAAAUCAUAAAUUUUUUAAUGAAGCAAAUGGAUGACUUAGUUCCCAUAUUAUGUAACUCAGUAACAUGUGUUACUUACUUUAGUUACCAACGUUACAUGAUUAAUGUUAAUGAUUACACAUUUAAGAUUAUUUAUUAUAGCAUUGAUUACAUUGCAAUACAAAUAAUAAAUUACUGUAAAUGCCCUUUAUUAAGGGACUGGGUACCUAAUUAAAAAGUGCUUCCUAAAUUACUCUACAUAUUGAUUUAUUGAAAUAAAAACUACCACAUAAUCCAAAUUUCACUCACUGGUGUGACAUCACUUAGGUAGGCGGGGCGAUCAUCAGACAGCUAGUUUUCAUCAUAAAGUCAUAAAACUGUCCAAUGUGUUGCACCAACUCUUGAUGGAAAAGUGAACAUAAUGUACUUUUGCAAUAAAAUCAAUAGAAAAUG